AUGGAGUUCGCGAUGGGCUGGAGUCAGUUCAACUUAACUUUGUUGGGCGUAUGGCCGGAACCAAGGAAGGUUUCGAAUAUUUCUCGUGCAAUUUCGUCCUUGGUGUUCUGGUCAACCACCUUCGUCACGUUCAUGUUCAUCUGCGUGCCUCAGACCGCGAAUUUAAUACUGAAAUCAACGAGUCAAGACGAAGUGAUCGAGAAUCUGUCGAUCAAUAUACCGAUCUUUUUCGCGCUGGCCAAGCAGAUCGUUCUAUGGUACUAUAAAAACGACCUGGCGCUAUUGCUCAGACAAAUACUGGACGACUGGUCGGAACCGAUUUCGGGACCAGACCGUAAAAUGAUGCUGAAGACCGCGAAGCUAAGUCGAAUGAUAUCGAUCUUCUGUUCCACUCUGGCCUAUAUAAUGCUAUUCGCGUUCAUCUCAUUGCAAAUCUGGAGUAACAUGGAGAACAGCUCGGAGGCCGAUCUAGGUGGGCUUCUUCAUCCAGCGACCUUCCCUUACGACACGAAGAAAAGUCCGAAUUUCGAGAUCACCUGGUUCGGACAAUUCAUAGGGACGACACUAAUGGCGAUCUGUUACUCUUGCGUCGACACGUUUUUCGCGGUUCUCGUGUUACAUUUGUGCGGACAAUUAACCGUUCUCCGAGCGGCUCUCGAGAAUCUAGCGAACGCGACCAAGGAAAACGAUUUCGCGAAGUUCCAGGAGCGACUCGCGUUCAUCGUGUGCAGACAUAAUCAGCUGUCGAGAUUCGCAGUGAUCGUGGAGGAUUGCUUUAAUUUGACGUUACUCGUGCAAAUCCUGAUUGGCACCGCGAUGCUGUGUCUGACUGGAUACCGUAUGCUAUCUUCUGUCGGUGAAGAGGACGCAGACUUGCCUGUAGUCGGUUUGAUAUUCUAUAUUUUACACGUAAUAUGCACGAUGCUGCAUUUGUUUAUUUAUUGUUAUGUCGGGGAAGCGUUGGUUACGGAAAGCACCGGGCUUGGUCAGUCAACGUACGAUUGCAAUUGGUACGAUUUGCCACCAAAACAAGCAGUCUCGUUGGUUCUUAUAAUAUGUAGAGCAAAAGUGUCGUUUCAGAUAACUGCUGGAAAGUUUAGCCCGUUUUCCCUCAAACUGUUCAGUGCCGUUAUAAAGACUUCCGCCGGAUAUUUGUCGGUGCUACGAGCUAUGAAAACCUGA